AUGUCAUUCUCAUCGUUACUACCGCCACCACAGCAUUCCAAGGACAAGGAUCCAGAGGACAAAGAUUUAGAAGCCAUUUCAGCCGCCAGAUCCCUCAUUAAACCGCUUCUAUCAGGCUUGCAACAGCGAGACGAUGACCCCAUCGCGACCAUGCUGGAUGCCAUGCCUGCCUCCAAGAUCUCAUUCCAGGACUUUAUACCACUUCGUCAAAGGAACUUCAAGUUAGAAAUCCCGAUGCCAUCACAGGAGGAGAUUAAUGAGACACGUAAUCGCACUAAGGAAGUAUUCGAUAAGUUGCUUCAGAAGCAAAUAUCUUCUCAUUCCUCAACAGCAGUUCAUAACAAACCUUCUUCUAGUGUUAUCACCAGGGAUGAUAAUAGAAGGUUGGAGAUUGUUGAAAGGAAACAAGAUCCCUUGCAACCGACGAGGAAUAAAUUUAAGAAGACAGUGGCACCCGUCGCGACAGAGGACGUGGAAGUACCCAUUUUCCAUCAAGUGGAGGAGAAGAAAUUGACAAAGGAGGAAAGGGCCAAAUGGAAUAUUCCCUCUGCUGUGUCCAAUUGGAAGAAUCCUAAUGGGUACACUGUGUCGUUGGAGAAAAGAUUACAAAUGGAUGGGAGAUUUAGUGGGUCUUCAUCAGGUCAAGUUACAAAUAUCAAUGAUAAGCAUAUGGAACUAUCUGAUGCCUUGGAAAAGGUGGACAAGGAGGCCAGAAGGGAAUUAGCGCAAAGAGCUUUACAAAGGAGACAUGCUGCUGAGCAAGAGGCGAAUAAUAGACAAGUAAAAUUGGAAGCUUUGAAAGAUAAGAUUCGUGGUACUGGGAAUAAAGUAAGUAAGAAAAGUACAGUUGAUCGUCUGAAGAAAUUGGCUUAUUCAAGAGGAGAGGAUAUUUCUGAUAAAGUGGCUCUUGCUGCGGUGAAUUCCUCCAAACAACCUGAUUUAGAUUAUGAUUCACGUCUGUUUACCAAAGGUGGUCGUUCCAAGAAGAGUGAAAGCCAAGUUUAUGAUAAUCCAUUGUUUGUGCAGCAAGAUACUGACAAUAUCUAUAGGGCCAAAGCUGCAAGGCCUGACGAUAAUGCAGUUGAGGCUACUGUUGAGGCUAGUGUUAGGAGAGGACCCGUUGAAUUUACCCGUGCCACCACUGAGGAUUCUAAGACAGGCAAUAGCAGUGCUGAUUCCUACGGGUUAAAGAAGCAGUGA